CUUAUCUAAAAUUGGACAUGCGCAGUCCCGAAACGUCGAUUUUUUAUCCAAACAUAAAAACAAAUUGAAAUGAAUUAGACUAUAAACAAAAAAAAAAAAGCGUGAAAGUCUAGUAACUAUUAUAGAUCUAUGGAUGUGACUUCUUUGCUGUUGCAACAGAGCAACACAGACGUUCUCAGCAAUUAGAAUUUUCUUGCUUGAAAAAGUUGCUAGAUAGCCAUGCACCUCUUGUCACUCGUACAGUCUCAAGCCAUUUGCAUCCUGGAUGACAGAAGACAUAAAGACUGCCAAACUUAUUCGCCGACAUGCCAAACGUACAUUUAAAAAAAACAGGUCUGACAAUACAUCGACAAAUAUACAUCAUAGAAAAAAACAAGUAUCUGAACUCCCUGAUUCCUUCAAUAGAUCAUGGAGUGACUUCAUUUAACAUCAUCAGGAUGAGCCCAAACUUGACAAAUAUACAUCGUAGAAAAAAACAAGUAUCUGAACUCCCUGAUUCCUUCAAUAGAUCAUGGAGUGACUUCAUUUAACAUCAUCAGGAUGAGCCCAAACUUGCCUUAAUAAGCUGAGUUCCUUUUAUAUUUUGUGUACCUAAGUAGAGAAAAAAAAGAUUUCUAACACUACUCUAUAAUAGAAAUAUUAAUUAUAACACUAUAGUCAUGGAUUGUUAUGGUAGUAAUAAUUUUUCCACUUUCCCAUUUCAAAAAAUUGUCUAAUUUGGCAUCAUUUAUAACUGAUAACAGCAUGUUAGGGUAAGUUUUUUUUAAAUUUGGAGACAUUUGUUGACAAUGUGGUAUCAUUUAAAAGCUUAGGAAUCCUCCUUUAAGAUUAUCACAAGGGUUUUUAAAAAAUGAAGCAAAUGUAAAAACAACAAUCAACCAACUAACACCAUGGGUUUGGAAGUCUAGCCAUGCUGUUUCAAAACUAUAUAGCAGCUAGUCUAGCAAUUUAUAGGUCAGUAGAGUAAGGAUGUCAAAGUACCUACUAAAAGUUAAAAGGUAGAUCUAGAUUCUAGAUCUAGAAAAAUAGGUAGACUAGGAUUAGUAAAAAUAAUAGUGCGAAGGUUUCUGUCUUACCAGGUCAGAAAUUCUCGGGUCAGUCUUUGAAAUAGCACAACUAAUUAUAAUGUCAUUUUCUGCAUUGAGUCUACUUCUGCAUGUGGACUUAAUAAUUAACAAGUUGAAAAACCUUGUUUCGCUAAGAUUUGUUCUUGGAAAUGGAAGAAGAUGACGCAACACAUUUUCAGACUGGACGGUACAUGGCAGCAAAACACUUUGGUUCAUCCAGAAUCGUGCAACUGAUAUUGAAGAGAAAUCAUUUUUAGCUGCAUGGCUAUUGAUGAUUUCUAUAAAAAUUCCUCUUGACACGUCUCUGGGACAUCUUCAACUUAAACUGUGAAUGUUCCACUUGCUAUCUAAAAGUACCCCUGUAUCCUCUAGCAAUAUCUCCAUGUUCCUAAAAUUUCACCCCCAUUUAUCAUUAUAUUCAAUUGACAUUUGACGAUCAUUUCAUAAAUCAUCAUAUGGUAUGGUAAUGUGAGCAAUGUUCCUUGUGUUUAUUAGAAAUAUUUUGAAUACCAACUAUUGUUCAAAUAUGCUUUUUACAGCACAUUUGAAUGAAAAAAAACCCACCUUCCAAUGAUGAAAAGACAAAAAUCCCAAAUUUCCUGAGGUCUUAGGUGACCCCUAACAAUUAGUAAUUCGACUUCCAAGGUGGUCGCGAUCUACAGGCUAACCCCUGCUGUAGUUCUAGUUAUUGUAGUGAAAUAAUUAUGACCAUACACAAUCUACAAAAGAAAUCUAUAGAUCUAGACUUGGAUUUUAUUGGAAAAUGAAAUAUAUAUGUCAUUUCUCAUUAUUGUCAUUUAAUUCAACACAGUUUACUCUGAGUUAUUAUACAAACCAUUAAAAUAAAAGACACUUAAAUUCUUUUUCAUCAAACACAAAAUAUAUAUAUAAAUAUAUAUCUCUAUAUUAUUCUAUAUAUAUACUAUAUCUAGUCUAGUUUUAUACCAAUGCAAAUAUGAAAUAACAUAUAAAUUAGAUUAUCUAGGAAGGGCUCAGCAUGAUUAUUUAUGAUUUAUAUAAUUAAUUAUUAGUAUAUAAACCUUUUUUUUUACAAAGCUUAUUCAAAUUUGAAUAUUAUUUUUAUAUCUGUCUGGGUGGAUUCUUUUACACUUUUUCUUCUUUCACUUGCCAUUCUCAGAUCAAGUUAAAAAUUGCACAAUUAUAUAUAAUAUUAUCAAUUGUCAAUGACAACACAUGAAUGAAUUUAAAAAAUAAUCAAUUAGUUAAUUAAUUAGUGGUAAUUAAUCGUGUUUCAUAUCUCAAAAAGGAUGGGGAUACAAACCUUGAAAUAUUGAGAGAUAUCGCAGCAUUUAAACAGUGAUCUCCCUUCACUCAAUAAAAGCUUUGUUUUUUUUUUAAUGUAUUUUUAAUAUUUUGCUUUGUUUAAAAAAUACAAACAUCCAUAUAGAUCUAUGUGACAAGACAGUAGUGAGCCAUUUUCUAAAUCUAGAAAAAUUGAUCUAAUAAUAGAUCUCUAUAUUAUAUAAUAAGUAACACAUUAUGCGCCAUUCAUUUCAUGUUGAAAAAUCAAUUCAUUACAUAAGUAGUAUUUUUUACAGAUAAAUGUGGUAAGCCAUAACAGUAAUGAAAGAUUGAAGAGAAGUCCAAACUACACUACAUCAUGAAUCAUGGCAAUUUUUGAAGACAGCAUAAGCGUGGUGGUUAGAAAGAAUUAAAAAAACAUGGCCAGCUCUUAUCAAGACCUCCGAAGUUUCCAGCAUUGUAGAAAAGAUGUGGACCUUGUUUGCUUCCUUCUGCCAGAGUAUUGCCCCUUGUGUCAUCAAUCAACCGCAACAACAGAAAGUCGUAUACCUCCAUAUGUCUUACCAUCUCCAUUCUGUUCAUCUGUGAACUUGAAGCGUUCUAUUGUACUUAAGCCAACACAUGGAGACUUCAUUAGAUCUUAUACAAGAGCAUGUAAUCUUCACAUAGGUGUCACUGAUGAAACAGGUCAAGUUUAUGAUUUUGAUGAAAAAGGUUUAAAUCAAAGGUCUGUUUGGUCUGAAUGUCUAGCUGUUUUGACCUGCAACAUGGGUCAAGCUUUUGUUUGGGAUCAGACUUUAGACAUGUUAUCUCAUCAAAUUCAUUUGUGGGAUAAUAAAAGAUAUCAUGAAAAUCAAUGGAACUGCUUUGAUUUUGUUCUGACCUUCUUGUCACAUCUUGACCACUCUGACCAAAUUGGACCAGCACCAUUGUCAAAAGAGGAAUUUUGUGAGAACUUUUUAGUGAAAAAGACCAAGAAAGCAGAGCAGUAUAUUCACCUCUACAGGCUAGCAUCACAAAAUGGUUGUGUGACUGUCCCCAAGAAACCACCAUGAUUGAUGCCAGUUAUGUUAUCAUUGUGCUUAAUCUUAUUCAAUUACCCCAUAUUUAUGGGAGAAAAAUGUAAGGACUUAAAAAUGUUCUGCUCACAUAUCACUGUGAAAAUGUAUAAAAAUUGUAUCUUGUUCCACCUUCUGAGCUAACAGAAUACCAAAAAUUAGCAAAAAUAUGAGUUGUUGUCUGUAACUGACAAAUCAGCUGUUUAUUAGGAGGCCAUAUUAGUUAACAACAACAGUUAAAAAAGGGACGUUACUCCCCAAAACUGAGUAGCAUAACCUAAAUGAUUCACAUACUAACAUUCUUUCCUUAAUAGAGCUAUAAAAUAUUAACUUAAAAAAUAAUCUUAAUAAUUAACAUAAAAUAUAAUAAAACAUUAAUUUUUUAAAUUAUAAUUAUAAAAGCUAAAGAUAAAUUAAAUUUCUUAAUCUAAUAUAAAAAAAUAAAGAUAAUAAAUUAAACUUGAUAGUUUCACAUAUAAUCUGAUUCCACAAAUGGCAAGGAUAAUUAAAAUCAGACACUGGAGCUCUUAGAAUAUAAUGUACAUUCUUUUCUAAAAUUGUUUUUUUUUUUAGUGCCAGUCCUAGUUGAUUUAUUAUGUAUAAGUGUAUCUGACUGGGUUGUGUUGCUUCUUGAUGACAUAUAGUCUAACAAUUUAGUCUAUCAGUAUCAGUUUCAAACAUUUGCAUCCUAAACAAAAAUUGUUCCUUGGUUGAAUGUGCUCUCUGUUGCAAAUAUAAUAUCCUCCAUUUUAUCCCUUGCUUUUAUAAGAUCAGAAAGUUGUUCUGUAAUUAUAUUAUUCCAAGAUACUCUCCUGCCUCUUAUGGGUUUCUAUAAUAUAUUGAUUGCUCUAGAUGGAAAAUCAUGAGUUUGUUUGUUUAAUGUCUCUUUACUGGUCCUUUAUAUUUCACUUGCAUAAUUGUUGCAGCCUUAUGUCCAUAGCCAGUAUGUAUUGUUUGAUAUUAAUGACUUCAAAUUCUUUUGGAAACACUUUGGAGCUGGACUAAGUCCAGUGCCUUCACCAGGAGUGUUUCUAAGCUCCAGCAAUGCUUCAUCGUUCAUCCCUAUUCUGAUUGGUCAGUAUUAUCAAAUUUUUCACAAUUUUUAAAUCGGCUUCAAAUUUAAUUAGCUCUUGGAUAACCAAGAUCUGCUUUAAUAUGAGCAACACUCCAUCCCUUGGUAAAUUCAUAGAAUACAUUUGAAGUAAAUUGUGAACUUCUGUAGUGCUCCAACCAAGACUUAUCAAUCUCAUGCAAGUCCAAACAGCUGUUCGGCUUCUCAGAUGCUCUCCAAAUAAUUGAAUACUAUCCUUAUUGUCACUACUUCUAUCUUAUUGUCACUCGUCUCUAAGCUUGUCCUAUUUUCUUAUUCAAACUUUAAACAAAUGUAACAUAUGGAAUACAUUUAAAUGCACAAAAAUCUUACAAAGAAAAUCAUCAAAUGAGCUUUUCUGCCAACCUGCCAAUCUCCAGUCAGACUUAAACUGUUCUUAUGUUUCUAUUCAAACCAUAGCACUCUGUCUACUGUGUGCCUCUUCUGCCCUACCUAAUGUUCAGAACUACCUGAGUUUACAUUAGCAUGCCAAAAAUUAUUCUGUCUACUUUGAUUAGGGAACCCAUUUUUUCUUCUUUCUUUACUAUCCCAAUAGCUUUUCUGUUAUUUCUCAUUAGGAAUUGCAAUUUCUCACUCACUUGCUUUAUGUUCAAAUUUAGCUCAAUUAAAACAUCAUAGUGGUUCACUUCUUUUUCUUAAUGCUGCGCACCAUGCCUCUAGCAUUAUUAUAUUUAAACCUUUGUUUAGCUUGCCAACUAUCUACCUCACUUUGGGAACUGUUCUUAACCCCUACUACUUUUCCCAUAACAUUUCCAGUCAUUGCAUUACACUCAAUAAUUUCGCCUUUCAUUAACUGAAUCUUCUUGGUGUAUCAAAGAAAAUCUUUUUUAUUCUAACAAAUCACUUCUAAUUACCACUGUCUCAUGAACCAACUGAACCGGCUUUUAUUCUUCACUUUCCAUAAAAAAAUACUUUAUUGGGUCUGCCUUCAGUUCUAUGAUGAUUAACUGCCAUUUUACACUGAGCUGCCUCAUGACCCUUUCCUCUACAGUUGAAACAUAUUACAUCUCUCCUGAUCUGUUUGGGGAUUUUUCCUCCUUGUUAGCGCUUCUAUUUCUUUCCUUGCUAUCUUGUUUAUAUCUGUCACCGUAUUAUGUUCUGACACUAUUACUGGUGAGGUUUAUGGAUGUAGGCACGGUGACAUUGGGUUCAUAUUAUGAAUGUUAAGAUAAACACUUCAUGCGAUCAUACUUCACUUGCAAAUGAGGAAAUAACUCCUUGUAUAGCAGACGCAAGUAAUACGUUUAAUAUAUACAACAACACCACAUAGGGAAUAUGAUACACAAUUCAAGAAUAAUCAGUAGUAAUCCUUUAUAGAACACUUGGCAAAUAAAAACAGUAACUGGUACAAGUCUCAAUUGCUUUAUAAUAAUAACUCCAUAGUGGCUGCUUACAAUAACUGACUUCUACUAACUCUUACUCAUACAUACUGUUCUUACUGCCUGUAUCAACUGACUGCUUCAAAGCAAUUCUAUCAACUGACUAUCACCAACUCACUGCCCUAAACUCUGGUUAAAUAGUGGUUUAAAGUGUUCACCUUACUUGUGAAUACCAUUCAUAAUAUUAAAAUGGGGUAUACACUAAAUGGCACCAACUUUGAGGUGGUGACAAUAUCCUACAAAAUCAGUCUGUUUUUUAUCCUGAUUAGAUAGAGAUUUGUUUGGUUAGGCAUUCUUAUAUGUUCUCAUUAUCUCUACUAUAUCAUCAAUCACUGUAGGUCUUCUUUUUUUUUUAUAAAGAAUUGCAGUUGAGAGUGGCAUUUGUUAACAUAAUUGUCAAUUAAUAUAAAAUUACGCAGUUCUUAAUAAAUUUGCCCGACCUUUUUGCACAUCACCCAUUUUGAAAAAAAAUCUUUAUCUACAUUAAUUGCAGUUUGAGGAUUAGUUGUGUUAAAUAUUAUAUCCUGAAUGUGGAGGCAGAAUGUCCAUACACAUUUAACAAUUCUUUCUUCAGCACUUAAUAACUAUCUGGUUGUCUGUGAUUAUUAUUAUGGCAUAUGGUUAGGGCCUAACAACCAUUCUGCCCCAUUUACCUUAAAACUAGAUAGUUAAGAUUCAAAUCUCUUUACAAAAUCAUCUUUCUCUUCUUCAAAUGCUGGAAAUUUUUUCUCUAAGCAAAAUUGGUUCCCUUGACUCCCCCUAUUACUGUUAUUUAGAUAAGGAUUUGUAUGCUCUGCCUCCAAGCGCAUUUUCUCUUUAGCCAACCAUAGCUAUCUUUCCACAUCUUUCCUGGUUAUCCUAUCUUGUACCUCUACAUCCUUAUCCCAUUUUUCUUCUUCCUCCCUCCUUAACUUAUCCUUUUUUUCUUCUUCCUUCCUCUUUAGCUUAUCUUUUUCCUUUCUAAAUGUAUCCAUUUUUUCCAUCCUCAACUGAUCCUCUUUCCUUCUAUAUUCUCUGCUCCAUAUCAUCCCAUAAUUAUUUUCCCUUUAACUUAAAAUUAGUUUUUCCAUCUUACGUAAUUAUCUUCCUCAGCUUUUCUCUUGGCUGUCUCCAUAGCUGUAGCUAUGUUUAUUACUGUCAAGAAUGUUAAGGUGGCCUCUUGAGUCUUCUUUGUAUGCUAACAUCUCUUAAAAAUGCCACAAACAAAUCUGUCUCUUGGAGAGCUGGGCCAAAAUUGUAGUGCUCCAACAGAGCUUUCAUUGCUGUUAUGAAUUCAUUUAUUGUCCUCAUUGUCUUCCUGAAUUUUAUUAUGGAAUUUGAAUCGUUCCAUAAUCUAUUGAGGAGGGCUAUAAUAAUUGUUUAAUAACUUACUUACAUUAUUAUUUGUACAACUUUGUGAUGGGUAACUCUGCAGAAGCCAACAACCUUAAAUAGAGCAGGCGCCUAUUGAGGCUAGAAAAAUAGCUGUCUUUUUUCUUUUUUCCCCAUGGAGUGCAGUUAGCAGUAAAAUAGACACCUAACCUUUCUAUAUACCGUAGUUUGUAAAAGUUUCUGUACCAUCUAUGAAAGUGUCUAGUUUUCCCCUAUUUGUCACCAGUUGUGGUGUUGUGAGCAUUAGACCUAAAACAAAUAUGCCAGCAUCAAGCAAAACUUUUAAUUUAAAAUUUGAACUUAAUUAAAGCUAAUAUAAAACUUGAUUAAACACUGAAAAAGAAAUUUUAAAAAUGUAUGCUUGACACAAAAUGUAAAAAUACAUGUACAACAGAAAAGAAAAAGAAAUAAAUGAAAUGUUUUAAGUUGUAUCUCAAUUAUUUAUUCAAAACUAUUAUCUUAGAACUUUUGACUGGGGUUUAAAAAAAAAUGUUGGACACAAGCAAAAAUGGCAUUUAAUAAAAAUGUAAAUGCGCCUAUAAGAGUAAAAAUAAAUCCAUUAAAUCUAAAAGCAAAACCUAGUUAUCAACAAAUCAGUGUGCUUAAUGAACAUAGCUUCUUUGAAAGAAAAUACAAAAUAAAUUUAAAGACAAUGUUAAUUAUAAAUCUAUAAAUUUACAUAUUCAGAACUUACAAUCUCCCCCAUACUUGCAUUUAUUAACAUACAUCAAGGAUACAAUACAAUAUUAAAGUACAAUAAAAUAAAAAAAAAACACAAGCAAAAUUUAAUAAUUUUUUUGAACUAAAGAAAAAAAAAUAUUUAUACGUUAUCAAAAAGUCAUAUGAAUUAUUUAAAAAAAAAAAAUUAUCUACAACAUCAAAUAAAAUUUUUUUAAAAAAAUUUAAUAUCAAAAGCUGAAAAAUUCAUAUUAUCACACUUGAGUUGUCUCUCUAAUAGCAUCUUUAAAAACAAAAAAGGAAGAUUAUGAAAAUAAUUUUUUUGCAUAUACAAAUACUCAUAAAAAAGAAUUGACAAGGAAAUUUGAAGCUAAAGCCUCAAUGAAUCUAAUACUGUAAAGUAAUACAAUUGUUUUGACAUAAUUUAAUACAAAUGAUUUUAAUAAAAUUGCCAUAUCUGUCUCCAUUCUUCUACCUCAACCACCGUGCCUGUCACUUGCAUUCCUAAGGUAAACUUUGAUGCAAGAAAAUAUUUCUUCAUCUGUGCUUGCUUCAUAGUUUUUUUUGUGUGUUGAACAAAAGCUGAAACAAACAAAAAUAUUUUUUUUUUUUUAAAUUUUAUGACUUAUCUCGGAAGUCAUUAAAAUAUUUUGCAGGCAUCCUGCCUAGAGAAGAAGCAAUGUCAUCAGCUAUUUUAUGUGAGAAAAUUUCUACUGCUUAUUAGAUACAGGUAUUUACUUAAAAAAUUAGUGUUUAAAUUAUAAACUAAAAUAAUACUUAUACUCAUAAUAGACUAAGCAAUUCUUUACAAAGAGUUAUUACUUUUUCUAAUUAACUGACAAAAUAUAGCACACUAGAUGAGUAUUACACUGACCUGCAAUUCCAAUGCGAAGUUGACAAUGUCGGAACCCUCUCCUUGCCACUCCGUUCCCUUUCCAGCCUGGUUUUCCUGCCCAAUGGAAAUCACAUUGCAUUGUUGUUGUCAUCACAUAGUCCAAAAUUUUUUUAUUACAUGCUUCAAAUUUAUGCCAUCAAAAUGUGACAAAAUAUUUUUAAAACCAUUUUCUAGUCUUGACUCCCCCGAAGAACUUAGUCUUUAAGAAACUUUGGUGGUAAAGAUGCUGUGGCUUUUAUUAACCAUUUUUUUUUAAUGGCUUGAGUUUCUUCAUCUGAGCUUGAGAAAGUCCUCUUUUUCAUUCUGGAGCAAAAUAAAUACAUACUUUUACACACACACAAAUAUAUAGACUAUAAGUGUCUAAUAAACUAUUGAUGGAUUCUCUAAAAGCGAGACAUUGCUUAUAAUAAUUCAUUCCAUUAAGCAUUAUUUGGGCUGCUUUUCAAAAUCAUGCAUUCUUUAAAUGUUACAAGAGCUAAAUUUUUAUUUUCUUUAUAUGUUCUGCAUUAUAUUUGUGUCUUUUCAGAAUCAAUAUGACCCUAAUCAUUUAAUCCUUUUGUAACCCGGUAAUGUCUUUAUUUAUUUAUUUCAAAAACAACCGACAUUGACCAUAAACUGCAGAAUAAAGUGACUCGAAAUACAAAAGCCAUUGACGAUGAAAGUAUUUCAACGUUCAACUUUGGUAAUGAUUAUCACGAUUGUAUUUUGGAGUUAUCUGCAUUCUCCCCACAAUCAUCUGACAGACGGAUUCAGAGGUGCCUACAAAUUUACCCAACACACCAACAGGUCAAAAUGAAGCAACUCAGCGCUGAAUAUUUUUAUUGAGUUUAAUACAAAAUACAAUGACAUGAAAUACAUCACAUUAAGGUAAUGUUUCUCAAACAUAUCCGGGUGGCAAUCCCCUAGAUUUGAGCCCCCCUUUGAAGCUGGGGACUUGAGGAGCGAUGUAGGCUCCCACAGUUUGAGGUCUGUGAGUUUUUUAAAAGAAUGUAAUGAAAAAUAAAAGAAACUUAGCCAUAAUCAUAACACAAUUUUUAGGUUUUAUUUUUCAUUUAUAUUAAUUUAACGCUAUGUAUAGAAUCCAAAAUUACAUAAUGAAAUUUCAUUAAAACGAAUCUGGGUUCUUUUUGGGUUUUUUUUGGGAGGGGGGGGGUUAGAUAUCGUUUUACCUACAUAAUUUUGUCAAAAAGUUCUUCCUGGAGAUAGAAAUGAAGGUGUUGCAGGUACUAUUGGAUGCCUAAAAUUAUUAUUCUAAAUAAUAUUUGUUGUGAUGUCGUUUCCAGCAAAAAAAUAUUUUAUAUUACAGUAGAAGUGGUUGGUCUGCUGGAAAUAUGAAUUAAGUGUAUGUCUAAAUGAAUGCCAGCGAAGUAUUAGGGUAAAGUGGGGCUAAAGGCCCGGCCCCUCUGUAGACUUAAAGCUAGGUUACUCAUCUAUCUGUAGCUUAAAUUUAUUUUUCAAGUAGUGCAAUAUGUCUAUUAUAGUUUGUUUUAAAAGUGAUUUUGUGUCAAAGCAUUUAAAACAAUUAUUCAUGAAAUUUAAAAAGUCUUACCCCAAAACCUUAUAUAUUUUUAUAUUUAUGUGUAUAAAUUCAUACAUGUAAUUUUGUUUUCAAAUAAUUUAAUUUGUAAACAAGAUUUAUAAAAGAUAAUUUAUUACAAAAUUAUGCUGAAGCAAAAUUAAUGAAAAUUAAGAACCUUUAAGAUUAUUUAAUUCAGCGUUUUUCAUCUGAAUGCAUCUUAAUGUAUUUGUGUAUGUAAUUAUGUAAAUAUAUGAAUUUUUGUUUUUAACUAAAUUUAGCUUGUAGUAAACAAGAUAAAUGAUAAAAACAAAUAAAAAUGUAACAAACAAAUUUGAAAAGUAUAAGUGAAAUAAUUAUACAUGUAAUCUGAGUUAGUUAUUCAUCUUCACAGCUGAUGCAAAAAAAAAAAAAAAUGAUCCCACAAAUUUUUCUUCUAUGCCUUGGCUGCUAUUAUGGAACCAAGGAUGACAAUUGAGACAUUCAAAACCAACUUUGUCCACUAGUUUCUUCAUACUAAGUCUCCAAGGAGCUACUACAAUGAGUAACAGAGCUUCUAAGGUUUUGUGGCAAUGGUACCCAGCCAACAAAAUUAUGUACCAGCUGUCAUUAGGGUUGGGUUUUACAAAUGCUUCAACCAUUUUAAAAAGAACUAGUUCCUGCGCCUUUGAAAUCCCAGUUUUAUCCAUAUUCCAGAUUUUUUUUUCUGUAUUAAAAUUAUGAGAAUUAAGAAGAUUCGUUUAUCUAUAUUGAAGAAAUCAUUCACUUGUGGUCUGUUGAACCCGACGUCUUGAAAUGGAGAAAGCCUCGAGAGGUUUGCUGUAGGCGUCUAUUUAAAAACCUGUAAAGCCGGAUCUCUUCCAGACAUUUUGGCUUCAGUGUUUAAUCAGUGCGUAAUGCAUAAUUUUGUAGCGAAGUCGUAGGCUAAUUUACGGACGGCAAUAGUGCUUAGUCCGAAAAGGGAUUGUUCCAUUUUAUUUGCCUAAUGCUUUCCAAUUCCUUCUCUUUGCUAAAGUUACUUCUAUAACGGUCAAGUAGAAUAGAUACAGGCUUUAAACUUUGGCGCCUCUGUGUCGCCUUCAUGUUUUGUAUGCAAUGUUGAAGUUUUGUGAGACUCUUUUUUUUAAAUCGCAUCCCACCAGCGAUAGCUGCUAAAACUUCUGUUAGGUUUUGUUGUCCAUAUGAGCCCCUUUGGAGACGCGGUGGCUGAGCGGUAAAGCCCUUGGCUUCCGAACAGGGGGUCCCGGGUUCGAAUCUGGUGAAGACAGUUUUUUUUUUUUAAUUUCGGUAUCUUUGGGUGCCUUUAUUAUGGGAAGUUAUUGUAAUAUCUCGAAGCUAAUUACUACAACCUUUUUUUUUGUUUUACUUGAUGUGUAAUUAUGAGUAUCAUCUCGAAUUUAAUUUCCUACAAGUAAGUUAUUUAUUUAAGGCGUACAUCACUUGACUAUAUAUAUGUGUGUGUGUGAGGGCGUGUAUUUAGCUUUGUGAGUGUGGAGGUGUUGAAAGGGAACUAGUAUUAUUGUUACCUUCGGAUUUUCUUUUUGUAAUCGUGCACUUUAUUUUAUAAAUAUGUUAUCAUUGCAAAGAUUAUCAUUAGGAUAAAAUAAAUAUUAACAAUGGA